AUGGGUCUUUGGAUCAACUGCGCCAACUUGCAGCAGAGCUUCGUCUCCGACCUCUACCGCUCCAUCCGCGGCGGCGACGUGGUCGGGACCGAAAAGCUGUACGAGGGCGACUUCCGCCGCCUCUCCGCCCGCGUCUACCGCGACAAGCCCUGGCCGCCCGCCAAGGCCGUCGCGCUCUACUGCGACGACGACCACGUCUUCCUCCUCCUCUACAGCGAGCUCACGUCCCGCCACGCCCACGCGCGCCUCCCAGGCCUCACCCUCACGCACCGCGCCGACUCCUGGGACACCUACUGCUCCCUCUUCACCGUCGUCCUCCAGAACGUCCUCACCAUGCAGCUGCCCAACCAGUGGCUCUGGGACAUGGUCGAUGGGUUCGUGUCCCAGUUCCAGAGAUUCUGCCAGUACCGCACCAAACUCGAGGACAAGACCGAGGAGGAGAUCAGCCUACUCAAGCGGUUCGACCAGGCAUGGAGUGUAUAUGGGGUUUUUAAUUACUUGAAGGCACUUGUGGAGAAUUCGAUGAUCAGAGAGAUCCUGGAGAGGGAGAAUGAGGGGCUUGAGCAGUUCACGAUGAUGAAUGGGUAUGAGCACAAGCAGGGUGGGAGCAAUGUGUUGAAGAUGCUGGGGUACUACAGCAUGAUUGGGCUGCUGAGGGUGCAUUGCCUGAUAGGGGAUUACCAUACUGGGCUGAGGUGCUUGUUGCCUAUAGAUAUUGGCCAGCAGGGUGUCUACACCACUGUGACUGGGAGCUACAUUUCCACUAUCUACUACUAUGGUUUUGCCAACUUCAUGAUGCGCAGGUAUGCUGACGUGAUACAUCAAUUCAACAAAAUUCUGCUGUAUAUCCUGAAGUAUAAGCAAUACCAUGAGAAGUCUCCGCAGUAUGACUUUGUACUGAAGAAGAAUGAGCAGAUGUAUGCACUAUUGGCAAUCUGCCUCUCAUUGUGCCCACAGAACAAUGUAAUAGCUGAAGAUGUUAGCAUUGAGCUGAAGGGGAAGUAUGGUACCGAAAUGGAAAAGAUGCUUAGAGGUGAUGAUCAGGCACAUUAUGAUGAACUCUUUUCCCUUGCCUGCCCCAAGUUCAUUGCUGCAUGGCCUCCAGUUUUAAAAGAGCCAUUCACAAACUACAACCAGGAUGUAUAUCGUCUUCAGUUGAAGCUGUUUCUUGAUGAAGUGAAGCAACAGCUAUUUCUUGGGGAUAUCAGAAGCUUUCUAAAAGUGUUUUCAGUGAUAACCAUUGGCAGACUUGCGCAGCACAUGAAAUUGGAUGAGAACACUCUAAGGGAUUUUAACUUGCAUAUGGACAGGGCAAUCCUUCUGGCGUACACCUGCAAAACUCAUGCCGUUGACAAUUACGGAAAGAUCACAUCCAGUGCAGACUUUGACUUCUACAUUGAUGAGGAAACAGUUCAUGCUACUGAAUCCAAGUCAAGCAAGCACCACCAUGAUUACUUUUUGACGCAUAUUUCGAAGCUUGAGGAAGUGAUGGGCGAGUUGAGUGAAAAUCGACAUGUCCAAAUGGUUAUGAUGAUGUCAGUGUCUCCGUGUCACAACUGUCACGUUUGA